AAGUUUAUAUUAUACUCUUUGGGCUAUUACUUAGAUCGCACGGAACGCGUCGCUUUCAUGUUUUUAUUUUAUUUUAUAAUUAUAAUGUGAGAAAUAUGAUAAGUACUUUAUCUGUUAUUACAUUAUUUAUGUGAAAAGUGUAAAUUUUAAAAUUUUAUGUAGUUUAUUACAUUAUAAAGAAUUUAGGUUACAUAAAAAAGCACGUACCAAAAGGAGCAACAUGGUUCAGGCUACGGAUGAAAUGGAACAGCCAGACUUGCCACAAGCUGUAAAAUUAUUAAAAGAAAUGAACAUGAAUGUGCAGCAAGUUUCACAAUUAGUAGAUAAUAUGUUGUUACGAGUUAAAAGUGGAGAAAUAACAACGGACAAGGGUUUGAGUUUUUUAGAAAUGAAAUAUCAAAUGCUUCUCAGUUAUCUAAUUAAUUUAACAUAUAUAGUGUUGAGGAAAUGUUCUGGAGAGAAAAUUGAAUCUGACCCUUCCAUAGACAGGCUUGUUGAAAUACGGACUGUGUUGGAAAAAAUUCGUCCAAUAGAUUCUAAACUGAAAUAUCAAAUUGAUAAACUUGUUAAAACAGCAGUUGUUGGAAAUACAGAAGAUGAUCCCCAAUCAUAUCACGCCAACCCCGCCAAUCUGGUUAGUAAGAUAGAAAAUGAUGAAGAAGACAGCAGUGAAUCAGAUAGUGGCGACAAAAAAGAAAAAAGUGAAAAAUCUAAUGUAUAUGUACCUCCUAAAUUGGCAGCAGUGCAUUUUGAUGAUAGUAUAUCUAGGAAUGACAGUGAAAAGAAAAAUAAGGAAAGAGCCAAAAAACAGUUUCUUAAUUCAAAUGUUAUGAGAGAACUCCGUGAAGAAUACUCUGAAGCCCCACUGGAAAUGACUACAGGAAAUCAUGUUAAGCACUCAAUAUCUAAGUAUGAACAAGAAAAAACUGAAUAUGAAGAGAAUUACCUGACUCGUUUGCCAGUUACCAAGGCAGAAAAAAAUCGAAGGAAAAAGUUGACAACAGUUGGUAUGUUAGCAGACGAAGUUACCGGCACUCGCAGUAUAGCACGUAAACAUAAGCUAAAAUCUAAAAAAGGUAAAGGAUUUAAAAAACGGCGUACUCACUGAUCUCUUUAAUACUUUUUACAUUUUCCCUUAACUUGUAUUAUUGUCAAACAUUGCAUAAGUAUGAUAUAAAAUAUUUCAAAAGUAUAAAUUCACAUGAAAAUACAUAAAUAAAUAUAGGCUUUUCAUCAAUUUCUCAUCAAAGUUGGCAAAAUUAAAACAUUUUUAUUUACA